UAGAACAUGUUUCAUGGUUGACUGAAAGUGGUGCAGAACGAGAGAGAGAGACCAUGAUGUUGCAGCAUUCCAGCUUCUGUGCCAUUCCUCCUUCUCAGAUUCCCUCUAUCUUUAGCAAAUCACUGAAUCAAAAGAACCCACUUCUUCACCAGCAACACUUACCCCUCCAUUGUCCUAGAAAAUUCAAAGCCUCCACCUUCAAAAUUUCUUCUCUUGGUGCUGGUUUCUUCGAUGACAUCGCUCAAAUUGCACAAAACAAGGUUCUGAUUGCAGCUGGUGCUUCUGUGGCAAUUGGGCAGCUUUCUAAGCCAUUUUCUUCUGUGUUUCUAUAUGGCAAAGAGUUUGAUAUCAAGGCAAUUGUUCAAGCUGGAGGGUUCCCAUCAUCACACUCUUCUGCUGCAGUGGCUAGUGCAACAUUCCUUGGCCUUGAGAGAGGCUUCUCCGAUCCCAUUUUUGGUCUUACAGUUGUGUAUGCUGGUCUCAUUAUGUACGAUGCUCAGGGUGUAAGAAGAGAAGUAGGGAUUCAUGCUAGGACACUGAACAAAUUACUGCUCCAAAUGCAUGUCAACUCAUUGCGUUCCAAAGAUAGAGAUGGUUUGAUCAACUCUCAACCAGGAUUAUCAAAGCCACUAAAUGUAGAAGGUCUUGAGAAGUCCCUUUUGUCCCAAGAAGCCACUUCUUUGGAACUACAACAAGCAAAUGCACGUCUAUUAGUUAAAUCAGGAAGCAAAAUAAGGCAAAGUGAUUGGGAAGAAGAAAUCUCAAAGUUGGAUGCUGAUGGUCUUUUCCCAUUAAAAGAAUCUAUUGGCCACACAGAGUUUGAAGUCAUAGCUGGUGCUUUACUAGGCAUUUUAGUUGGUUUCUCUGUGUAUAAUUUCAUCUAAUAUCUUGAUUUUUUUUAUGAAUAAUUUCAUAUUAUAUCUUACAUAAGGUAGACUAUUAAAUUGAAAAUCAGAGCGAGCUGGAUAGGACUCAAGUUAGUAAUAGGUUUAUGGUUAUCUUCUAUAACCAAAGAUAAGGGUAAAAACCCAUUCUGAGGAUUACACCAGUACUUAUCUAUCCUUU